AGUGACAUAAUUCUAAUUAACGCGCAGCCUUAAAGGCCCGAUUUCCAACGACGUCAUCUUCGUAACGUGGCGCUGUGUAGCUUGAGACACAGAGAGAAGGGAUCCCUGAGGCAGACAUGGCCGCCUGUGUGAGACUCUGCUUGCUACUGGCCGUCUUAUCAUGGGCUGAAGCCUUCUACCUCCCGGGUCUAGCCGCCACUAACUUCUGCGAGGAGGAAGUCAAGGAGAAACAUUCAAAGGGAACGUGCAAGAGUCGGGUAUACGUACACGUCAACAAGCUGGACUCCUCUGAAACCAUUGUGCCCUACGAGUACACCAGUUUCGACUUCUGCGAGCCAGAUGAAGACUCUCCUGACAAGGACCCAGUGGAAAACCUUGGCCAGGUGGUGUUUGGAGAGAGGAUUAGAGCCUCUGCCUACAAUGUUAUAUUCAGGAAGGAUGUGUCUGAACCGGUAGUGGUGUGCGAGAAGAAGUACAACAAAAAGAAGGGGCCUCUGUCAUUCCUGAAGGAGAGGAUCCACGAGGGAUACAUGCAGCAGUGGGUCAUCGACAACAUGCCUGUCACCUGGUGCUACAAGAUCCUGGAGAGCGACAAACCAUUCUGCACGACUCGUUUCCCCGUCGGUUGCUACGUCACUUCUUCUGGGCAGAGACACGAUGCCUGCUUCUUAUCUGAGAAGAUGAAGGAGAAAGGGGCCACCUAUAUCUUCAACAAUGUCCAUCUCAUCCUGUCCUACCACAAGGGUACGCCACCGGAGUUCACCGACGGUCGUAUCGUGAGGGCCCAGGUCAAACUAUCCAGCUGCUCCAGCACUGCCUGUACUGAUCCUAUGGUCAUCGACUCUGAUUCCGCCAGGAAAAGCCUGAAGGGAAAAGACGGGAAACUUGUUGUUCCGUACAUGUACACGGUGGAGUUUGAGGAGGAGGAGGGGAUUAAAUGGGCGAGUCGCUGGGACUAUAUUCUGGGGUCAAUGCCUCAAACAAACGUCCAGUGGUUCUCACUUAUCAACUCAGUUCUGAUCACAAUUUUCCUGACCGCCAUGGUGACAAUGAUUCUCCUGCGCUCAAUACAUCGCGACAUCAUGAAAUACAACAAGGAGGAUACUGAGGACAUUCAGAAAGACUUUGGCUGGAAGCUGGUUCAUGGAGAUGUGUUCCGACCGCCAACAUGUACAAUGACAUUAGCAGUCUGUGUGGGCAGUGGAGCUCAACUCCUGGUUAUGGCUGUCAUUGCUCUGGUGUUUGCAUGCCUGGGAUUCCUGUCUCCUCCCAACAGAGGAGCUCUCAUGACAUCUGUACUGGUAGUCUAUGUGUUCAUGGGAGCUGUGGCUGGCUAUGUAUCUGCUCGUCUCUACAAGAUGAUGGGAGGACUCAAGUGGAAGUCUAACGCGUUGGCCACUGCAUUGUUUGUGCCAGGGUACGUACAUAUGUACAUGUAUGUGUGUAUUGUAUGUAUAUACAUUCCACCUGUAUGUGGUGGUGUCCAACUACUAACACUGUUUUAACCCCCCCUCACACACACACACACACGCACGCACGCACGCACACACACUCUCUCUCUUUCCUUUUCUCUCUUGCUGUUUCCUUGGCCCAGGACGUGUUUCUCAGUGUUCUUCACUCUGAACCUGUUCCUGUGGGGAGCAGGGUCCAGUGCAGCCAUUCCCUUCACCACCCUCCUCGCCCUGCUCUGUCUGUGGUUUGGCAUCUCUCUCCCUCUCACCUUCUUCGGAGCCUUCUUGGGCUUCAGGAAACAUCCGAUAGAGCAGCCGGUCAAGACAAACCAGAUCCCUCGAGAGAUCCCAGAGCAGAACUGGCUAUCUCAUACCAUCCCCACCUCCCUCAUGGGCGGCAUCCUCCCAUUCGGCUGUGUUUUCAUCCAACUCUUCUUCAUACUGAGCAGCAUUUGGGGUGGUCAGAUCUACUACAUGUUUGGGUUUCUCCUGCUGGCAUUUGUGGUACUGGUUGUGGUGUGUGCCCAGACCUCCAUCAUCAUCUGCUACUUCCACCUCGGCUCUGAGGACUACCGCUGGUGGUGGCGCUCCUUCUUCUCCACUGGCACCACGGCCCUCUACCUCUUCUUGUUCUCUCUCCAUUACUUUGUGUACAAGACGACCAUCACAGGCUGGCUGUCCUACUUCGUCUUCUUUGGAUACACGUUCAUCAUGGUCUUUCUCUUCUGGAUACUCUGUGGUACCAUAGGUUUUUUGGCAUGCCUGCUGUUUGUUCGCAAGAUAUACACACACACUGCGCUGAUGCAACUACAGAGGUUCCAUUCACAGUUUGUGCCCAUACAGUGGAACCCCUCUAAGGCGGACAACUUAGAGCCACAGCAUUUUGUCCAUUGUCGGGGUUUUGCCUGAUUAUACAGUAUUCACAAUUCUAUGUCACUAAUUCAAUGUUAAAACACUCUAGACAAGAUUACAACAUGAUAAUGAUGAUGAUGAUGAUGAUGACAGUGUAUAGUCGAUCAAAGUCUAUUGCGCGCUAAAAUAUUCCGCGCUUCUUUUUAUCCGUCUCACAUUAUACACCUUCAGGCCAAGGUCGCCGCGCCUCAUGCUCAGCUGCUGCUGGACGCCGCGCCGCUGCCAAGACUCUGGCUGCCGGCCCGCCACAUAACACCCAGCUACGCUGUCGGUCAACAACUGAUCACCGGCUGGAGCGGUGGGGGCUGCUGCACCGGAGCUGCCGCCGAGACAGUAGUAGUUGAUGGGGACGGCUCCCCCAGACGUCUGGCCGACUGCAUCAUGAUCUGGAGCACGCGGGAGGCAAGAUCGGCCUGUCCAGCUGACGACCCUGGAACGGCCGUUCCUCCUGCAGGGUUGCUGGCAGCUGCCACCGUCGUGACAGAGACGUAGGAGUGGUCGAAGACGACGAGGACGCCAUGGCUGAGACAGGAAGGCUGGAAUCGGCGAAAAAGAACGAAACUUCUGGCUGAGAGAUUCGUGCGCUUUGCUGCUGCUGGAUUCGAA